AUGGAGAAACAGUUUGUUCAGCCGUUGGGGGAUAUUAUUGCUUUGGAAGAAAAGGCUCUUAGAGAUGCCGUGACAAGGGCGCGAGUUGAAUCUGCGUUGGAGGAACUUGCCCAGCAAAAUGGUGGUUGCCGAAAGUAUAAUCUCCUAAAUAUCCAAAGUGGGACAUUUCAAGUCAUUAACGGAAUUGACUAUAACUUCCAUGCUGAAGUGGAGAGUGUUCCAACUGAAAAAUGUGUGGCCGAACAAGCAGGUGCUAUACCAGAAGUCUAUAAAAUAAAUAUUUUCGAACCGGCUGAUCAAAACGCUAAAAAGCAGUAUGCAUUCGAGAAGCUUUUGGUCGACGAGUUAUAG